AUGGGACUAUCGCACAGUAUUGCCGUUCCUGGUGGAGGAACCGAGGGAUACCAUGUUUUACGGGUGCAAGACAACUCGCCAGGCAAAACGGCAGGACUGGAGGCAUUUUUCGAUUUUAUUCUUGCCAUCGGCAACACUCGCCUAGACCAGGAUAACGAUACGCUGAAAGAGCUACUGAAGGGAAACAUCGACAAAGAGAUCCAGAUGACGGUGUACAGCAGCAAAACGCAAAACAUUCGCUUGGUGGACAUUACGCCGAGCAGCACCUGGGGCGGUCAAGGGCUGCUCGGAGUUAGCAUACGAUUUUGCUCGUUCGAGGGCGCCAAUGAAAAUGUGUGGCAUAUUCUGGAGGUGCAUCCUUCGUCACCGGCCGAAGAAGCUGGGCUCAUACCGUUCACGGACUACAUUAUCGGGGCGGAUUCGAUAUUGCACGAAAGUGAAGAUCUCUUUACGCUCAUCGAGUCGCACGAAGGUCGGCCGCUGAAAAUGUACGUGUACAAUACGGAUCUCGACCGUUGCCGUGAGGUGACGAUAACACCGAACUCGAAAUGGGGUGGUGAAGGUAGUCUCGGUUGUGGCAUCGGGUAUGGUUAUCUGCACAGGAUACCGAUUCGGAUGAUGCCGAGCGACGGGAAGGUUCCCCUGAAUGUUGGGGCACAGUCGGUACCAGUUGUACCGGUUGGUGCCACGGCCAUGUUCCCGACCGCACCGACGACAGGUGCAAUGGCAGGACCGACCGUAGACAUGACGAAUGCGAACCGUUCCAUGCCAUUCAUUCCGAUGGUACCCCCACUGGCGAAUACGUUCGCUCCCCAGGGUAAUAAUGCCGUUCAUGAUCUGCUUACGGUAUCACAGCCAAGCAACACGUUGGGUGGCAUGACAGCAACGACAACACCGGCAGUGGGUGAUUUGAGUAGUCAGUUUGCUGCCUUAACAACAGCGGCAGGUCCAACGGAUCAGGUGAAUAACAACGUGGAAACACAAACGACGCCAACACAACCGGCAUAUAACAAUAACGCCGGCUAUCCGGGAGAGGUAGCCUCGCCACCGAUUCACGUCGGUCCGGCCAUUUAUACACCACCUGCAGGAUUGGUAGAGCAAGCUGUAAUCCCUUCGGCGAAUGUUGACAAUGUACCUUCCCAACAACAGGGACCUCCCCCGGCAAAUCUUUCCUAUCCGCCAUCUUCCGUUUCCUCGUUACCGAACGCAGCGAAUCCCUACUCGAAGUCAAGUGCUGUGCCACCACCAUCGACACUGGCCAGCGAUUUCUAUCAAAUGUACGGAACACCGGUUGUACCGGCCAGCAGCAACAGCAGCGGCAUCGUUUCAUCGACCCCGAACAGCUACGCCAUGUCCACCACGAUCGACUUUCUACAGAGCCAACAGCAAUCGAUGCAACCACAGCAACCCUGGGGCUCACAACCCCCCAUCCAGAUGUACUCCACGUACCCUCAGGUGCAACCGAUUGCGGAACCGUCGCCCGCCCACCAAUCGACGGUUGCUGGUGGUUCGGUACCGGCCGCAUCUUCACUAUUCCAAAGCAGCGCCGUUACGACACCCAUCUCCCUGCCCGGCAUGCCGCCGAUAACGGUUAGCGCAACGAUUCAACCAGAAGCACUACGCGGACUGCAGUUUACCAAUGCGCCUGUCGCAAACGGCCAGCAGCAACCACCGCUAAUGACCAUGCCGCCAACGCUGCAGUGA